CACCUUUAAAUAAACCGAACCAACUGGGACUGUGAUCAUCUGUGCAGGAAGUAAAAACAAAGCGCAAACGAGUCAACGACAACAUAUACAAACACCUGUCACAUCUUUAGAUUAGUAUAAAUGCACUGCACAUUGCUGUACAGAGACAGUACAAUACAUGCGAUUUCGAUUCGCAAAUCUUGCUAUUGACUAACGUUACCUCUGGUGCAAGCUGAGUAAAGCAAAUUGUUAAAGGGAAAUAUAGUUACAAUUUGUAUUAUAAAAAGAUCGAGAAGGAACCAAUAAUGAUCAGGAGAGUUUGUAAGGCUGUUUUGAGUGUCGAGCAGACUGAAGGUGUCGGGGCUCGAGUUCGCAGGAGUAUUGGCAGGAGAGAGUUGAAAAACCUUGAUCCUUUCUUGAUGCUUGAUGAAUUCAAUAUCGCAAAACCAGCAGGGUUUCCUGAUCACCCUCACCGUGGAUUUGAGACGGUGACGUAUUUGUUAAGUGGAGUAACAGCUCAUGAAGAUUCCUGUGGUCAUAGUGGGACAUUAGAACCUGGAGACCUACAGUGGAUGACUGCAGGGCGCGGGGUGAUUCACGCUGAGAUGCCCGUGUCCGACGGACGCAUUCAUGGCAUUCAGCUUUGGGUGAAUCUGAAGAGUGCAGAUAAGAUGGUGGAGCCUCAGUACCAGGAGCUAAAGGGCAAAGACAUUCCCAAACCAAGUAAAGACGGAGUCACAGUAACUGUGAUUUCAGGGGAAGCCCUUGGAGUAAAGUCUAAGAUUUACACGAGAACUCCGACAAUGUAUCUCGACUUUAAACUGAAGGAAGGUGCAAAGCACAUGCAGCCUGUACCCAAAGGUUGGACAGCUUUCAUCUACACCCUUGCAGGUUCUUUAUGCACUGGACCAGAUGAUGAUUUGCAGACAAUUGAGCCACACCAUACAGUGUUUUUUGAAGACGGCGAUUACGUCAGUGUGGAAAACAAGGAAGCUGAUGAGUCUCACUUUGUUUUGAUUGCUGGUGAGCCUAUUAAAGAACCUGUGGUUCAGUAUGGGCCCUUUGUCAUGAACACACAGGAAGAGAUUGAUCAGACCAUCAGAGAUUACCAAUCGGCUACAAAUGGAUUUGAAAGAGCAAAAGUUUGGCAAUCAAAGAUUGGUCGAAGGUUUUGAAUUGUUUUUAAAGAUCCUUAAUAUAUUUUUUGUUACUGUGCCUUAAAAUUGAUAUACACCUGUACAGUGGCUCUAAAAAACAUAAUGUAGAAACGAGUGAGCUCUAGACGCAAGUGGAGGUUAAAUGUUACUUAUAGAUAACUCCUGAUGCAUUUUAAAAUGAAUCUGUUGUCUAGCGUUUUACUUGAAACUAUUGUAUUCUGUUUAGUUGUUUGUUAUAAUUAUUUUCUUGGUAAUUAUCUAUGUAAUUAUCCAAGUUGUUUGGUCUUAACUUUUAUUUCAAAUCUAUUGUAUAUUUUAUCUCAUCAAGAUCAUUACCUCUGGCUGUUUACAUUGUAUCUGACCACA